AUGGACGCGGGGGACACCGCGGCCGCAGCAGAACGGCCCAGCCCACCAGGUCUUAUGACCAGGGCCACCCCCAAGCCCCAGUUCCGGCCACCGGCUCCCCAAGCCCGCUCCCGGAGCAGCCUUCGCGCCCCCUCCUCUGUCCCUUCUACCCGCUCCCCGCGGUCCUGCGCUACCACCGCUGACCCUCAACCCCUCCCCCUCCCGCGUGACAGCUUCGCCGUGAGCGCUGCCUGGGCUCGGAAGGGCAUCGAGGAGUGGAUCGGGAGACAGCGCUGCCCGGGCGGUGUCUCAGGACCCCGACAGCUGCGGUUGGCGGGCACCAUAGGCCGAGGCACCCGGGAGCUCGUGGGCGACGUGUUGAGAGACACGCUCAGCGAGGAAGAGGAGGACGACUUCCGGCUGGAAGUGGCCCUGCCUCCUGAGAAGACCGACGGGCUGGGCAGCGGAGAUGAGAAGAAGAUGGAGAGAGUGAGCGAACCCUGCCCAGGCUCCAAGAAGCAGCUGAAGUUUGAAGAGCUCCAGUGCGAUGUGUCUGUGGAGGAGGACAGCCGGCAGGAGUGGACCUUCACCCUGUACGACUUUGACAACAACGGCAAGGUCACCCGAGAGGACAUCACCAGCUUGCUGCACACCAUCUAUGAGGUGGUGGACUCCUCUGUCAACCACUCCCCGACAUCCAGCAAGAUGCUGCGGGUAAAGCUCACUGUGGCCCCCGAGGGCAGCCAGAGCAAGAGGAGCAUCCUUGUCAAUCAGGCCGACCUGCAGAGCACAAGGCCCCGAGCAGAGACCAAGCCCACUGAGGAGCUGCGGAGCUGGGAGAAGAAGCAGCGAGCCCCGCUCAGGUUCCAGGGUGACAGCCGCCUGGAGCAGUCUGGCUGCUACCACCAUUGCGUAGAUGAGAACAUCGAGAGGAGAAACCACUACUUAGAUCUCGCCGGGAUAGAAAACUACACGUCCCAGUUUGGGCCUGGCUCCCCUUCCGUGGCCCAGAAGUCAGAACUGCCCCCCCGCACCUCCAAUCCCACUCGGUCUCGCUCCCAUGAGCCGGAAGCCAUCCACGUCCCACACCGAAAGCCCCAAGGCGUGGACCCGGGCUCCUUCCACUUCCUUGACACCCCAAUCGCCAAGGUCUCAGAGCUCCAGCAACGGCUCCGGGGCACCCAGGACGGGAGCAAGCACUUUGUGAGGUCCCCCAAGGUCCAGGGCAAGAGCGUGGGUGUGGGCCACGUGGCCAGAGGGGCAAGAAACAAGCCCCCUCUGGGACCCGCCUUCCCUGCGGUGUCCCCCUCCGCCCACCUGGCCGCCAGCCCGGCCCUCCUCCCCUCCCUAGCCCCCCUCGGGCACAAGAAGCACAAGCACCGAGCCAAGGAGAGCCAGCAGGGCUGCCGGGGCCUACAGGCACCGCUGGCCUCGGGUGGCCCCAUCCUGGGGCGGGAGCACCUGCGGGAGCUGCCCGCCGUGGUGGUAUAUGAGAGCCAGGCCGGGCAGCCGGUCCAGAGACAUGAGCACCACCACCACCACGAACAUCACCACCAUUACCACCACUUCUACCAGACAUAGAGCCCCUCCCCAGGGCCCCACCCUGCCGUAUGAAGGACCCCACCCCCGACACCCCAAGGCAUUAUUAUUCUAUUAAUUAUUGUUAUUAUGACGAUUAUUGUUAUUAAUAAUUAUUGUUACUCCACUAAUAUUUAGCUAGCCUUCAUGUAGAAGAUCUAUGGAAACACAGAACUAAACUUUUAUUUAUAUGUUGUGGGGACUGCAUAACUAGCCCAGGAAAUGACUCUGGUUUGGAGUGGCCUGUAAUGGACAGAGGCUCCCUGGAGGCUCAGGAGCUGCAGCAUCUGUGCGGAUCAGCCCACACCCUUCCCAGAGCCGGGGAGCCCUCAGCCCCAACUCUGCCCCACCCCAGCCUCUUCCAGGAGAGCACCCUUACCUGGCCCAGCUUCCAGAGACCCUUGAAAUCUCCGAGAAGAUAAACAGCUGCUACCUCUUAGUAUUAUUCUGAUUUUAUUUUGCCCUUAACUGAUUGUAAUGUGCUACAAGGGAUUUCAGUGGACUGCAGAGUGCGAACGUCUUGCUGUUGUGUUUUUAUGUCCCAACCUAGAAACCUUAGCUGUCUUUUCUGGAGUUGUCUUUCAUGCUUUUCCAGUGGGAUCAAGCCCUUUUCCCCAAAGCAGUCCCAUCUCUUCUGCCAUGCACAACAUGAAAAUCCACUUCUCUUCCUUCUCCUCCUUCUCUCUCCUUUACAGCGAUACAUACACAUAUUUAAGGACUAUCCCUGAGACCAUCCUUCUCAUUUUGGAAACUGCUAGGGAGGGAACCAACCACUUAAACAAGUGUCGUUUUCCAAGAUCCGGGCAAUUGUGUGCUGUUGGUUGUGGGGGAGGAUGUGGCAGAUAUAUACGUACCUACACAAUUCUCUAACAGCGCUUUCUGUAUCUAUAGAUAGAUGCCAUCUGUCCAUUUCUAUGUAUCUUUCUAUAAAUAUACACUCUCAGGUAUCUUU